AUGCCACCAAAAGGGUCUAAAAGUAAAAAACCUGCAGAUGAAGGUACAGUUAAAGUUGACAAGAAAAAGGAGGAUCCUCAGCCUUCUGCUGCAGAGACUGCGGAAGCACCCAAGGAGGAGAAAAAGCCAGCAUCUUCCAGAGGUGGUUGGGGUCGGAAAAAGAAACUAGCAACUGAUUCUGCCAACGGAGAAGAGACAGGUGAACCAAAAGCAAAGAUCAAGGUUAAGAGCUCCAUUUCAGAAAGUUUUGCCGACAUUGAUUUUUCUGCCAGGGCUAAAACACCAGAUGGCAGGGAAUCAAAUUUCAAGAUCGCUUCAUGGAAUGUGAAUGGUCUUAGGGCUUGGCUAGAAAAAGAUGGUGUGUCUUACAUCAAAGCCGAAAAUCCGGAUGUCAUGUGUAUCCAAGAAACCAAGUGCAAUGUUUCUCUUAUUCCAGCCGAAGCAGAGGUUGAUGGUUACACCAGCCACUGGCUCUCAGGGGAUGCUGAGGGCUACUCAGGAGUUGGGAUUUACUACAAAACUAAACCUAUUAAAAUUACAGACGGCAUUGGCAUUGAAAAACAUGAUAAUGAAGGACGAGUGAUCACAGCAGAGUAUGAGAAGUUCUAUCUUGUCAAUGUCUAUGUUCCUAAUUCUGGACGUGACUUACCACGGCUGGAUUAUCGAACCAAAGAAUGGGAUGUUGAUUUCAGAAAGUAUCUCAAGUCAUUGGAUGAAAAGAAGCCCGUUGUCCUGUGUGGUGAUCUUAAUGUUGCUCAUCAUGAAAUUGACCUAAGGAAUCCCAAAGGCAAUAAAAGGACAGCAGGAUUCACAAUUGAGGAAAGGGAAUCAUUCACCGCCACACUCAGAGAAGGCUUCAUCGAUUCCUUCCGCUACCUGUAUCCACACACAGAGAACGCCUUUACUUUCUGGACAUUCAUGAUGAAUGCAAGAUCAAAGAACGCAGGCUGGCGUCUGGACUACUUUGUUCUGUCAGAGAGAUUGAAGGAGAACUUAUGUGACAGCAUCAUUCGCAGCAAGGUCAUGGGCAGCGACCAUUGUCCAAUAGUUUUGGAGCUUGCAAUAUAA